AUGGCUCCUCCUCCUCCUCCUCCUCAGGGAAGAAAAAAGUCACAAGGCAGGAGAAAGAUAGAGAUGAAGCUGAUCGCCGAUGACAACGCACGGACCGUGACCUUCUCCAAGCGGCGGGCUGGGCUGUUCAAGAAGGCAACCGAGCUUUCCAUCCUGUGUGGGGCCCACAUAGCCAUAAUCAUCUUCUCCCUCCGUGGGCGGGCCUACUCAUUCGGCCACCCAAAUGUCGAGUCUGUUGCGGGCCGCUUCUUCAAUAGGAACCCGCCUAUCCCGGACCCACACGCCGUCUGGGCCCACGCGGCCAUGCUGGCCCACCUCAAGGAUGAGUGCGAAAAGAAGGCCCAGGAGCUCGAGGCCCAGAAGAGGAGAGGAAAAGAACUGGAGGCGGCGCUGGAGAGCUCUGGUGGGGUUACAGAUGAGCAGCUGAGCAGGCUCGGCUGGGACCAACUCAGGGAUCUGAAACAGCGGUUAGAGAAGCUGAGGGAUGGAAUGCUAGAGAAUCCAGCCGAGGAGGAGGUGGGCCCCACGGAGCCCUUGGGUUUGGGCCCAAUUGUUGCUGCUGCUGAUGUGGCACAUGUCGAAAGGGGCUGGCGAGGUGUUUCUGGGAUCCCGGCCGACUGGUUGAAACUGUGA